AUGUCCAUGAAUUUACAAUGCCAAUCGUUUAUACGUCAUUGUGCGCAGCAUGCAAAGCAGGGUGUUGUGGCUAAACUCGACUGUGGUGUUGUUUUAGCUUGGACACGAAGCAACUUUAGAUUUCUGAACGGAUUCUUUUUGGCAACUACUGUGGUAGAUGAACAAGAUUUACGCUGGCGGUUAGAUGAGAUCAAACAAUAUAUAAAACAGAUGAAACCAAGUUUUGCAUGGGCACUAUUUAUUGAACCAGAAUGGCUUCCCCUCGAAAUGAUUGAACGAUCAAAGGAGAUCUGUUCAGUAGCUGGCUUUAUUCUUGCUUCUGAUUUCAAAUGUAUGCAGGCUAGAGAUUUAUUGCAGCCUGUACGAUCCUUGCCAGAGGCAGAGAUAAGUUUUGCGACUUGUAACAGCGACAUCUACAAUGCUGCAUUAUUGAACCUUCAAGCAUAUCAUAUGGAGGAAUCUGUUGCUGAAACCAUAGUGAAUAAUCACGCAUUGGUCACUGAUUUUGAUAAACAAUUCUGCUGUUUAGUUUCCAUCAAUAGCACACCAGUCGCAACUGCUACAACAGUAGUGUUAGACAAAUGUUUAUAUGUGGCAUUAGUUGCAACUUCCACGCAGCAUCGUAUGCAACGGAAUGGUAUUCAUUUUAUCUAA